AUUUGCCACUGGGGUUUUGCAGUCUCCUGAUUUCCUCUUGCCCCCCAAGGAGCCAGCAUGGGCAAUCUCCUUUGUAGCUUCAGGAGCAGGUCUGUUGCCCUGAAGGUUGCAUUCUGAGCUGAGGAGUAUAAAGGUAACCACUUGUUUUUCCUUUCAAAGAUCUGCCCCAAAGAUAGGCUGCGGCUCUCCUGGAAAGCCUGAUCGGUAGGAUUCCUUCAGGGGCUCAGCCCAAAGUGCUUCCUCCCAUCCCCUCUCCAACUUCCAAGCCAAAGCUUGCCAAGAACCUCUGGAAGGAAACCUGCUGGAUUCUAGCAUUUCGCACAAAUGGCUAAUCCUGGAGGUGGUGCUAUUUGCAACGGGAAUCUGCACAAUCACGAGAAACAGAGCGACGGCUCAGCCAGUGGAAACUGCCCGAAGAAUGGGAUAGUAAAAGAAGCCCAGCAAAAUGGGUGGCCACAUGUUUACGAUAAGCCACUUGUUGAAUCCUUUGAGGAAGCACCUCUUCAUGUGAUGGUUUUCACUUACUUGGGAUAUGGACUUGGAACCCUAUUUGGCUAUCUCAGAGACUUUUUGAGGACCUGUGGAAUAGAAAAGUGUAACGCAGCCAUAGAGCGAGAAGAACAAAAAGAUUUUGUGCCGCUUUAUCAAAACUUUGAGAAUUUUUACACGCGGAACCUGUACAUGAGAAUCAGAGACAACUGGAACCGGCCCAUCUGCAGUGCCCCGGGGUCUCGGUUCGAUGUGAUGGAGAGGGUGUCGGAUGACUACAACUGGACAUUUAGGUUCACUGGAAGAAUCAUCAAAGAUGUCAUCAACAUGGGCUCAUACAACUUCCUUGGCCUGGCUGCCAGUUAUGAUGAAUCUAUGAGGACAGUAAAGGACGUUUUAGAGGAGUAUGGCUUAGGUGUGGCCAGCACCAGACAUGAAAUGGGAACCUUGGAUAAGCAUGAAGAAUUGGAGAACCUUGUGGCUAAGUUCCUGAAUGUAGAAGCAGCUAUGGUCUUUGGGAUGGGAUUUGCAACUAACUCAAUGAAUAUCCCUGCACUAGUUGGAAAGGGAUGCCUCAUUUUAAGUGAUGAGUUAAAUCAUGCAUCUCUUGUACUUGGGGCCCGACUCUCAGGUGCAACCAUAAGGAUCUUCAAACACAACAACAUGCAAAGCCUUGAGAAGCUCCUGAGAGAUGCUGUAAUCUACGGCCAGCCUCGAAUCCGCAGAGCCUGGAAGAAGAUUCUCAUCCUAGUGGAGGGCAUCUACAGCAUGGAAGGUUCCAUCGUGCAUCUGCCUCAGAUCGUGGCUCUAAAGAAGAAAUAUAAGGCUUACCUCUACAUAGACGAAGCUCACAGUAUUGGGUCCGUGGGCCCAACUGGCCGGGGUGUUGUAGAAUUCUUUGGACUGGACCCUCGAGAUGUUGAUGUGCUUAUGGGCACAUUCACCAAAAGCUUUGGAGCCUCAGGAGGUUACAUAGCUGGAAGGAAGGACCUUGUGGAUUAUUUACGAGUUCACUCACACAGUGCUGUUUAUGCUACAUCCAUGAGCCCCCCAAUAGCAGAGCAAAUCAUCAGAUCAAUGAAAUUUAUCAUGGGACUGGAUGGGACCACACAAGGGUUGCAGAGAGUACGGCAACUUGCAAAAAACACAAGAUACUUCAGACAGAGACUGAAUGAAAUGGGAUUCAUUAUCUAUGGCAAUGAGGAGUCUCCCGUCAUCCCUCUGCUCCUUUACAUGCCUGCUAAAGUAGCGGCUUUUGCAAGGCAUCUAUUAAAUAGAAAAAUCGGGGUGGUGGUCGUUGGAUUUCCAGCUACUCCCCUCGCAGAAGCUCGGGCUCGGUUUUGUGUUUCAGCAGCACAUACCCGGGAGAUGCUAGACACAGUUUUGGAAAACCUGGAUGAAAUGGGUGAUCUCCUACAACUGAAGUAUUCUCGGCACAGGAAGUCAGCGCGCCCCGAACUCUACGACGAGACAAGCUUUGAACUGGAUGAUUAAGUCUCCUGGUCCUGAAUUGCACCUAAAGACUUUGCCAGAAAACCCCCCCUUUUUGCCUCAAAAGGAAUAUAAAUGGAUUUCUCCCCUUUUUCUAAGGACAAUUUUGGUUUCCAAACCAGCUUAAUUGAACUGAAGGAAAUGUUGUGUUUUUAAUGUCUCCAGCUUGUGAUGGCAGAGACAAAAAUAUGGUUCCAGAUUUUAAAAAUUUUCUCCUUUCCCAGUAUCCUGCUAUAGUACAUCACACACACACACACAC